AUGUCAAAUAUCGAGACGAGUCGCGAUAACAAAACCGACGUGCAGAAUAAGCUCAAACAAAACGGGGACGUCGAAAAAGGUCAAUCUCAUAAUUUAGUGUCAAGUGUAUCGUGGAGCAAGGUUAUCGUGAUGUUAUUGGCUGCGAGCGUCCUUGUGGCGGCGUGCACAGUUGCCUGGGUGUUCCAAGACUGGCAAACAAGUGUUCAAGUGCUCGCUAUACUUUUCGUUGUUUAUGUCAUUGCAUUUUACUGGAGAUGGAUUUGGAUAGCAAUGAGAACAGCGAAGAGAGAUUUCUUGGCGUUAUAUUGCUAUAUCAAAAUUUUAUUACUGACGAGGUCGUUUACUAAAAAAAAUUACUCAAUGCCAGAUAUAUUUCACGAUGUUGUCUUGAAACAUCCAGAUAAAGCUUGCUUCCUUAUCAAUGACGAAACAUGGACUUUCAAACAGGUAGAAGAUUUCAGUUUAAGAGUAUCGGCAGCAUUAAAAGCUAAAGGUGUAAAGCGAGGGGACACAGUUGCGGUUAUGAUGAGCAACUACCCAGAGAUGCCAGCUAUGUGGCUGGGUAUCACGCGCAUCGGGGCCGUCUCUCCGUUGAUCAACACCAACCAGACAGGCAACACGCUUCUGCACUCUAUCAAUGUUGCUAAAUGUGAUUUCGUGAUUUAUGGGAGUGAAUUCGAGCAUGCAAUCCAAGAAAUAGCAAAGGAACUCAACUCAUCUAUAAAGUUGUUCAAGUUUACGCGUCGCCCAUUGAAUCUGUCGAGCGAUUCUGUAAAAGUGUCAGAGAGCUCCGACGAUUUUACAGCCCUUUUGGAAAACACUUCGCCGGCUACAUGGAGCCUGUCCGAUGGCGAAGGUUUUAACGGAAAGCUGUUGUACAUCUAUACGUCUGGAACAACUGGGCUUCCGAAAGCAGCUGUAAUUUCACCAUCAAGAAUGGUGUUCAUGGCUUCUGGAGUUCACUAUUUAGGAGGAUUAUCAUCGAAGGAUAUAAUCUAUUGUCCUAUGCCAUUGUAUCACUCAGCUGGUGGAUGUAUCAGUAUUGGGCAGGCUCUUAUCUUCGGCUGCACCGUAGCUCUCAGGACCAAGUUUUCAGCAUCCGCCUAUUUCCCUGACUGUAUCAAGUACAAUGCUACGGCUGCUCACUACAUUGGAGAGAUGUGUCGCUACAUACUGGCAACACCACCAAAACCUACCGACAGGCAACACAAAGUACGCACAGUAUAUGGCAAUGGAAUGAGACCUACCGUUUGGACAGACUUUGUGAAGAGAUUUGGAAUAAAGAAGGUCGCCGAAUUUUAUGGAGCCACAGAAGGAAACGCAAACAUAGUAAACAUUGAUAACAAGACCGGAGCGAUAGGUUUUAUUUCGAGAAUCAUCCCUGCAGUAUAUCCUAUUGCUAUUAUAAAAGUGGAUGAAAACACUGGGGAACCUAUAAGGGACUCUCGAGGAUUGUGCCAGGUGGCGAAACCAAAUGAACCUGGAGUUUUCAUAGGAAAAAUCAAACCAAACAAUCCUUCUAGAGCAUUUCUUGGAUACGUCGACAAACAAGCUUCUGAAAAGAAAAUUGUCAGAGAUGUUUUUCAACACGGAGACUCUGCCUUUAUAUCAGGAGAUAUUCUCAUAGCGGAUGAAUUAGGCUACCUGUACUUCCGGGAUCGAACGGGCGACACGUUCCGGUGGCGCGGCGAGAACGUCAGCACCACGGAGGUCGAAGCUGCUAUCUCUAGAGUUACCGAUCAACGGGACGCCGUUGUAUAUGGUGUAGAGAUUCCAAACUCGGAAGGUCGCGCAGGCAUGUGUGGCAUAGUAGAUACGGACAAUAACCUAGACCUAGAUAAACUAGUUAAGGAUAUGUCAAGGGAUCUACCUAAAUAUGCCCGACCCGUAUUCCUUAGAGUAAUGAGCAGCCUCGAUAUGACUGGUACAUUUAAAUUGAAGAAAGUUGACUUGCAAAAGGAGGGCUUCGAUCCAAAAAAUAUCAAAGACGACAUCUACUACUUAGAUCCGAAGUUGGAAAAAUAUAUUCGCUUAGGGCCAGAGGAAUAUGACAAAAUAAUGUCAGGACAAAUAAGACUGUGA